UAGCAAAUAGGUAUAUAACCCAUGCAGGACUUCGACACGAAUGUUACACAUUCAACAUCACCACUAGCCGUCUUUGCAACCUCAAUGCCUACCGCUCCCCACACCACUCGCGCUACCCGGUCGGCUCAACAAUCAGGCGGACGGAGGCGCAAUGCUGCGCCGCCGAAGCCCAUUCCAACCUCUCCCAGAACUACCGUCCUCAGCGGGAACUUAGCAGAACCCUUGCCUUUCCAAAGGGCCAUCUGCUUGACUAUCAUCGGCUACCUGUUAAUUACUCCCAUCCACAUCGUAUACGUGAGUCGUUUGCCUACUCAAACACUGACCAGUUCUGACAUUGGUUGCACGCACCUUCAGGGAUGUCUGUGCUGGGCCGUAAACGCUGCUGUGAAUGCAUUUGUUGCGAGCAACGAACUCCCGAAGAAGCAACCUCCGACACGCACCAGGCAUAGCAGGAGAGUCACUGCGCCCCCCGUCCGCCCUCGCGAAGUCAAGGCGGUGGUAUCAUCAUCGUCCGAUGCAUCGUCGUCCGACACCGACGAGCACGCUUCCGCUAGCGAGGACGACGAGCACCGCACGACGUCGUCUGACGAGCGCAAGGCGCUUCCCGCGAUGCUGAAGAAGCUGGCCCAUCCUGCGCAGAUGAUCAACAUGUCGAACAUCACGAACAACAUCACGAACUUCAAGGCCCACAACUUCCCCCGCCGACGGUCUUCCGCUGUUGACUCGGGCAACAGCCUGUCGACCACGGACAGCACAAACCGCUCUACCGGAGCGUCGCUGCCCAGACGUAUGUCUUUCAACCAAGUGCAGCGCAUCAUCCCCGCCGUCGGCCGCCGCAGAGCAAUGUCAGAUGCUGCCGUCCCUGUCUUACCCGCCAACUCAGCUCCUGCGACGAACAAGCGCCGUGCAGCCUCGCUACCCAAUCCUCCGCCCUCUUCCACGAACGCACCUCCAGGCAUCCCCGCCCGCGAACCCCGUCCCGACGGCCGCCCUCUGCUUGCCCCUCCCCGGGUGACCUUCGACCAGCAACACGGAAGCCCGACUCGGAUCUGCAUCCCAAAGAGGGUGCGGGAGCCGUCGCGCGCAAGGUCAGACAGCGCUGUGACGUUGUCGAGCUCGUCGAGCUCUUCGAAUAGCACCGAGUUGAGUAUGCUUGAUACGAGCAUUGAGGAGGAGCGAGAAGAUAUCGGCGACUCGGACACCGGCACCACCGAUAAUGGCGCCACAAGACCACCGACAGCAGCGUCUGGCCCGCGCCGCCUGGCAAAGCUUCGACGAAAGGUUGAGAGGUCACUGGUUCUGCGGAGCAGAACGUUGUUAGAUGGUCGAGAGGCGCGGGCGCUCUGAUGCUCAGGCUAUGUACUGUAGAAGUUGUUCCAUGUACAGUAUAAUAUGAUUACCUCUGUCACA